AUGCGUUUGAUAAUUGAUGUGCUUUCCAGUUUCUGCAAUGCCUUAGGGUUAAGAGGGCUGAAGUUAGAGUUGUCCCAACUUUCUACCGUUAAAUUUGCCAGCAACCUGGGGAAAUAUUUGGGUUUCCCCUUGUUGCAAGUACGCAAAUUUUGGCUCCCUCGAGCAGUUUGCGAGGGUAUAGAUAAGAUUGUGCGGGAUUUUAUUUGGGUUCGUUCGGAUGGGGAGAGAGGACUUCACCUUGUAAACUGGAAUACUAUUUCAAGACUGAGACAAUUUGGAGGGCUAGGCCUGAGAGAUGCGAGAUUGGAUCCAGCAGCUAUGGUUAUAGAUCAUAUUAGCUAUGCGGUGUCGGAUACUGAAGGAGAUCAUACAUUGAUUGCUUGUUUUAUUAAUUCUAAGGCUCCUGCGCUUUUUGAAGGGGUUGCACAUACGGUAAAUGCUGCAAACAGCUUGGUAUUAAAAGUUAUUUCGGCUUCUCCAGCUGCAUGUUCUGCUAACCCCAAGUCUGCGAUGUCAAGUCCUCCAGAACUCACUGGUUCUGCAAUCUCUUUAAUUGGCUUGGCUCCAUUUUCAGAUUCUUUAGAUCUCUGGGGUGCAGAAGGCAGGGAGCUCAACCAAAAUCUUGCAGAUGCUAUUGACAGCAAGUUAAUUUUAUUUUUUGAUACCAGACAUGUGAAAUCCGGAAAUGAGCAGUUCUUGACUGAACUCAACAAAUGGAUUUUCCAUGAUGGAGGUCAUCUUAAGGCUGUAGAUGUAAGACACCACGAAGUUGGGGAAGCUGAUGAACCUGCAAUUUACAGGAUCAAAGAUGAAUUGGAAUACUCUGUUGAAAUAUAUGUGUGGUCUGGAGCAAGCUGUGAACCAUAUGUGGCAGAUGAUAUUCAAGUGCAGUUUUACAUGAUGAGCCCCUAUGUUUUGAAAACCUUGUCAACAGAUACAAAAGGUCUGUAUUUCACAUCUUUCAAGGUUCCAGAUGUGCAUGGGGUUUUCCAGUUCAAGAUGGAGUGCCAAAGACUUGGUUGUACAAGCUUAUCCCUAUCAAAGCAGGUAAUUAAAUUUCUUCUCCUACUUCAUGGUUAGCAUUUUUUUUGACACCUUUGGUUUGGAACCCCUUUUAACCAUUAAUGUGAAGUUUUUAAUUUUAAUUCCCUUGGCAAUUCAGAGGGAAACAAUAACUCUAAUGCUUUAUUGUAAGGCACAAAAUCCACCUGCAUGGAUUUAACUAAGCAGUCAAUGAACAUUAAUGGAUGGUGCCAAAAGUUCAUGUGAUAAUUUACAAGUGCGUGUAUAUAAUGUUAUGGGAGAGUCCAUAAUAAUAACUGAUUUUUAAAGUUAGCAUUUUAAAUUACAGAUUCUUCAAAAAGGAAUUUCUAAUUGAUUGGACUAAAGGCUUCUGCAGUGGUGUGUGAUGCCUUUUUCAUAGUCAUCUGGUCUUGUUCAUGUGAAACCUGCAUACCUUCUUUGAUCUCUGCUGUAUUUUUUGACUUUCAUUGCAUAAUAGGUGGUUGCUUGGGAUCUUGUUAACUUAUAACAAGGCAGGACGAACAAAGUACGUGCACCUUUGCUUAUGCUUUUCUUCAUGCAUCUUUUUCAUAUGUUGCCUAGCUACCGGUUGAAGUUAUAGUUAAAAGGGGGAAAAUAAAUGGCACAGUAGCUUGAAAUUUGCCAACUUAAUCAAAUUCAUUACAAACCUCUUAAGUUAAACAAUACUGACAGUUUGUAUUUCAUUUAUAUUCAGUAUUAUAGUCUGCUGAGUAUUGAAUAAGUACAAUGUCUUUUUCUGCUAUAGCUGCUAUUGUUGAUGCCGUGGGUUUUUGAAAAUUGAAUUGCAUAUUCCAGUCUGGCCCUAUAGACAUAAUGAAUAUGAGAGAUUUAUACCAGCAGCUUACCCCUGCUAUGGAGCUGCAUUUUCUAUGGUAUUGCUCCUCUCUAAACCACUCUUAGCCAUUUUCAUUUUUAAGACCCUGCCAUCAAAGUCAUUUUAUCUGUUACAUCACUGGAGUUUAGGUUAUAGACCCCUUCAGGUCGUCUGCCAGUACUCGUCUUUUUAGAAUCUGGGAUAUUAGUCUUUGAACUUCUCAUUAACCAUUCAGCUUGUAUCCUUAACCACAUAUUACUCCUUCUUGGUUGGGCAAUGGAAGUUGAUAUGAUGAGCAUUUUGGUAUUCACCCCUGGCUUGGUUUAACGUGGACUGGGCCUAAGCUGGAUCUUUAUUCAAUAAUUCUCUUCAGACUUGCUUAUUGAUUUGUCCAAGAAUAGCUCUUUAUCAAACCUAGUUAAGCUUGUUCUUAAUAUAGAAUCUAUAAUUUCCUCCAUGGAAAGAUUUCUGUUGCUGUGCUGGUGUCAAUGCUUGAACCCUAGUUGCUAAGAUUUGGAACCACAAUACCCAGGGACUAUUGGUUUCCUCCAUACAAAGGUAUGGGCAUCAUAUUGAAAAUGCAACCUGUCUUGCUUGGAGGGAGCAAGGGAUUUAUCUCUGCAUUAGUUUAAAAGAUCCUGGGUCUGCUGGGUUCCAAAAUAUACAUUCUUGUUAAUAUUUAUGUUGUUGCUUGACUUGUUAGCUUCUUGUGGUUUAAACAAGUUGAAUGAAGUCAAUUAGCCAGUUUACAAGCCAAA